AUGGAUGAGCGCCAUGCUGCCAGUUUGGCGCCAACAGCUGCGGCGCGACCGGCAACGGGCCAGGUGUUCGACAGCGUGCUGCGAGACUCAAACCCAGCACAGCCAGCAGAUCUGAGGACGCCAAGUUCCUUCUAUUUUGUCGGCGACGGCCCUUGCCAGCCGCUCAUCGAUGCCCUAACGGCUCACUACGCUGGCAGUGAGGGCGCCGUGGAUGCAGGUGUCCCUCGGCGCGUGGCUGCCACCAACAUCAGCCAGACGACAAUCACCGAGACAAUCAAAGCGGGACAAAAGCUCUACGCUGCACUGCAAGCCCUGGAAGCAUGCAUGCAGCCAGCCAUCGAUGCUCGCAGCCUCCCGGAUCACCUCACAAAGCACCAGCUGCAGCUCAUUCGCACCGUCUCCCAGACCAUCGACCCUGGGCUGCCGUGGCUGUACGUUCCCGGUGUACUGGCAGCAGCACCACCAUCUCCAGCAGCAGCUCAGCACAUCCGCGCUCAGCCUCCCGACUCAAAUGCAGGCCACCCCACAACAAGCACUGCCAGCACUGCCAGCACGUCUGCAGCUGCGAUACCCCAAUUCUUGCAGCGCGCGGAGACCAUCCUGUGCACUGCGUGCUUGGCAAGCCUUCGGCCAGCUUCAUAUGCACACCUGGGACCCGCCAUCCUCAGCAACGGCAUCACCAUGGGACUAGCUCUCGCCACAGCUUUGUUGAGCUCUGGCCUGUCCGUUGCCGGCACGCUCAUCAACCACGGCGCCCUCGCGUGUGCCGUUGCACUCAUCCAGGGCGAGGCGACCAGCUUCCGUCGAAUUGGCGCCAAAAUCCUGCACGAAGCAGCACGCACCAUCUCUGGUGCCCGCACCCUGCUACUGCCCAUUGACUCACGCUCGGCACAGCUCAUGUCGCCCGGCACUAGAAGCAGCAGCAGUCGGGUGCAUGCACAGCAUCUAUCCGCGGCCGAGCAAGCCGUUCAGCAGGGCGACGGCCACGGCCACGAUGACGGCCACGACGACGAGGAUGGCCCGCCAACAGCGAAGCGAGCCAAGUUGACACACGCAACUCCCACCACCGCCGUCUCUCCCACCCAUGCUGCAGCCACGCUAUCAACACCAACCGUACAGUCAGCACAAUCAGCAGCGGUGCCACAAACAGCAGCAACGCCGCCACAAACAGCAGCAACGCCACCGACCGAGUAUAGCGAAACAUGGCUGUCCCUCUUGCAGCACUUGUGCACACAAGCACCAACGAUCAUCACCACGGACGAUGCUGGACAGCAGGAGUGGACGCGGGACGUUGAAGCAGCACUGAGGCUUGCACGCUUGCUUGUGCUGAUGGAGAGGAAGCUCGACAGCCCCAGCUCUGGGUAUACUACGUUGCAUGAGCUGUGCCAGCACCUUUACGGCGAACACACGAGGAUACGCACGGCAGCAGCACCCCUGCCAACACCACCAAUACCACCACCACCAGCACCGCAAAUACCACCGCCAGCACCAGCAUCACCAUCGCUAUCUCUGCCAGCAGGUGUGCCUGCAAUUAGCGACGAGUGCGUUUUGUUCAUGCACAGCACGGGCCUGCUUGCGAAGCUGACACAGUUCACGAGCUCGCUGGCCGCGUUUCUUGAGGAGGCGGAGGACAGCAACGACGACAGCGUGCUCGAGCACGAGCAGGAAGAUCUGGCGAGUGGCAGCGUUCCUCACGACAGCGACAGCGACAGCACCAGUGGCAGCAACAGCGGUGGCAGUAACAACAGCAGUCGUGAUCCAAACAGUGGCUGCAAUGCAUACAGGAGGAGUUGCAGUGCAAGUAAUGGCUCGCGUUCUCAAACGACGGACUCGUGCAUCGGCGGGGCGUGGCGUGUGCAGGACGUGCCAUAUGUGGCCGCUGCCAAUGCCUACAACCGCAUGAAGACACUGUUGCUGCUGCUGCUGCGCUCACGGCAAGGGUUGCUCUAUCUUGCACGCCAUCUGCCCGUGGUCCGCGUGCUUGUGGUGCAGCUGAGGGCCCUUGGCGACCAGCUGCACUUUGAAGGAGGCGACAACGACAUCACCACGCUGCUGCCGCCGCACGCGUAUCUGCUUGGCGCCCGUGACGUGUGCAUGCGUGAUGCACAUGCGGCAGCUGGCUGGUGCCUGUGGAAGGGUGCGCCACAACCAUUCGCUGACACCGCCAACUCAACCCACAAUGGCAGCGGUAGCGGAAGCAGCACCAGCAACACGACCUCAUCUCACCGCACACACGGAACCACCACCACCACCACCAGUGGCAGCAGCCAUGCUCCAGCCCCGACUGCUGCUGCACCGUCCUUGCCCACGUUACCGCCACAUGCGCUCUCACGAGAGCCGUCGCCACCGCCACCAAUCGCAUGCCCGCCAACCGCGCUGGCCAUGCUCAUCUCGCAGCACUUGCACUGCGUGAUGCUGGCUGACACGCUCAUGGCCCACCGCCCCGUGCACGCCGUGUUUGACAUUGGCAGCGACGCCGUGUCCACACACGCGCUCCUGCUCGCCCUGCGCAACACAUACGCAUUUGUGGAGACGGACGCGCACCAGCACACGCUGGCGACAGUACUGCAUUACCUCGGUGCAGUGGACUGGCUGCUGUGCGCGUACAUGGCUUGUUUCCGGCGCAUGGAGGGUUUCCACGCUGAGCAACUGCGCAGCAGCAACCGCAAUCACGAUGAUGAUGCUGUUGCCACAGACAGCACACGCCACCGCCGUCACGCUGGGGGCAACGGGCACGCCAGUAGUGGUGACACACGCCGUAACCCCCGCGAUCAACAUGCACAACACGCCUCCCCCACCUCACAACCUCACAGCAGGCAGCUCGGGCGCCCUCGUGCUGACUCUACAUCGAGUGGCAAUGCCCGCAGCCCGUGGCGUUCAGCGGAGGCGUUUUGGCAGGAGGAGCUUGGCUCCCACCGCAAUCACCACCACCGCGACCACAACCACAACCACAACCACGGCAGUCACGAGCCAGCCCACAAUGCCAACGCUCAGGACAGUGCGAGUGAGGAAGAGGCGUACGUUGGGACGCUGGCUGUGUUUGGCCUGCUGUGCGAGAAGAUUGUGCUCAUGUGUGCGCGUGAGCUGCCGGCAGGCACGGCGGCGUCUGCCCAUGCCGCGUCGCUCGCUGUUAUUCUCAAGCAGUCGCGACGAAGCGAUGAUGUUGUGAAGGAGCUGCUUGAGUGGGCUGUCCCCACGCCAUCAACACCCGGCGAUCUACUGCGCACCAUUCGGUCCAUUGGCUCCCUCGUCAAUGAGUUGUCCCCGUCAGCCCUCGACAACGACCCUUCAGGUGCAUCGUCGCACCAGUACCAGCAGUAUCACCACCACGAGCACAGCCGGCACCGCGCGCGCGAACACGGGUGCCGCAGCCAGGCGUCACGUGGUGCACACAGCAGGCACGCAUCCGACAGCCAGCACCUGGCACUGCUGUAUCGCCUGCGACGUGUGCGCGCAUGGCUGCAGAGCGCUGCGCCAUCAUCAUUCCCGCCCGACACGCGACUGGGGCUCGUGGUUGAGCGCGCGCCACACGACAUUUGCGCCGCCCUUGCAUACGGAAUGCAGGCGCUGGCUGUGCACGUCAACGACAGAGCAGAGAACGAUGAUGACGAUGGCGAUGAACGCGGCAAUGAGCGGAACACCGGUCGUGAUGGCAGGCGGGCAAGUGGUCGCCGUGCGGACGAUGAUGAGAGAGGGGGUGGCGAUGGUAGUGGUCACCGUAGCCACCAGCACAACCCGCGCCACCGUCGCGAUCGCCACCACGACCAACGACACCAGCGGCAGUCGCCACCACGGCACCGCCCCGGUUCCAGAGACGACAAAGGCCGCAGAAGCUGGAGUGAUCUUGAUGCAUCUACUGGAAGCGGGGCUGAAGACAGGAGGAGAGAGGAAAGACGUAGCAGCAGAGAAGGUGGUGGCGAUAACAGCGGCGGCAGUGCUGGCCGCUGCUUGGAACAGCGAGAGCUCGACCAGUGUGUGUUGAUUGCCAUUUCCCAGCAGGCGUGUGAUGUGCUGGCGCUGCUGCUGAGCCGCCUCCACCCGAACAGCCGCCAUCACGUGGAUGCACGCAACCUCGCCGUGUUCUUCCUGCACUUGAAUGAGCUUGUGUGCACGGAACAGCCACUGAGCUUGCUUGCGCAAUCGGGCGUGCACCCCGUGACGCUGCGCACGGCACACCUUCGUCAGCUGUAUGCAUCUGCGUGCGCGCUUGUGCGAAACCACCUUCCGCCCGCCACAUUCUCCUGCUCCGAUCAUGAGUCGAACAUGUUGCAGCAGCUGCAGCAGAGGGCGUUGACACGUGCCAGCGCACAUAUGGCCGCUGCUGCCAUUGCAGUGCAGCAUCUUCUGGCGGUGCACGCUCAGCCCCAUGUCCAUGUGCUCCAGCUGCUUGGACGGCUGAUGAAGGCAACGCAGUCCACGUCAUCCACCGCGCUCGUAUUAUUUCGACGCACGAUGCUGUUCCUCGCAUCCUCCACGUCCACUGCCACUGUUACGUCCAGCAUGCCAUCAACCUUGCCAUCUGCCUCCGCCUCCAUCCCCUCCACAUCCACGUCCAUGUUCACCUCUCGCGUGCGUGCAGAAUCACACCUGCAGGCCUCUUCUGCCGCGCGCCCAGAUACAAAAGAGACUCCGUGCGCGUGUGCACUCACAUCAGCGGCUGUGCGGCUCCUUCAACGCGAGGUUGAGCAUGCGUACAGAUGCGCUGUGCAGGAGCUGGUGAUGCCGGCGUGUGCAGAAGGCGUUUGCAUGCACGCUCUUCUCCGCGCUGUGUUCACCCUGACGCCAUCCCUCUCCAAUGCAACCAUUCUCAAACUCGAAAGGCUGCGCGCACCACACAAGCGCCAGCAAGAACGACGACAACAAAGUCAGCAGCAUCAUCAGCAGCAGGGCGGCGUGAAGAUGGAAGAGGGUGAUGAUGAUAGUGAUGGUGCUGGUGGUGCUGGUGAUGUUGGUGGUGGUGAAAUUGGUAGUGACCACACCGAUGAUGACAGCGAGGACAGGGACGACAGCAGUGGCAGUGACAGUGCAGCUACUGAUGAUGAUGAUGAUGAUGGUGAAGAUGAAGAUGAUGAUGACGAUGAUGACGAAGGUGUUGUGCAUUCCAUGUACAACUGUGACAAGCAGCAUGAUGAGCAAGGUGCCUGCACGGAGGAGAAGCGUGGUGGCCACCAGCUACUGCCUCAAUGUUUUGGCUUUGACGUGUGGGGCGGAGACGGCAAUCUGAUGGUGUCCAAGGAGGAUAUGCUGCACCAACUCCCCUGGUUGAGCGCCAUCGCGCCUGUUGUCGCGUACCACCAACAACAACAGCAACAGCAACAGCAGCAGCAACAGGAGCAAGAGGAGGAGGCGGAGGACGUGGAGGACGUGGUGGUGGCGGUGGUGGUGUCCCAGGACAACAUGUGCUUGGUGCUGUGCAUGUUGGCGUUGUCGCUUCGCAACCCACAGUCUGCGGCAGCGGCAGCGACGCUUGAUUUGCUGUCGGGAAUCGUGCUUGCGCUUCCCCCAGCACACGUGUCCGCGUUUCUGCGUCAUCCAGUACCUGCUUCGCUGGUGAACAUGUUUGCUCCUGAGAUACCCUGUGAGAACGGCACGAGCGUGCCACUGGGCCUCGUGCUGCAGGCCGUGCUGUGUGCCGCCUUUGGUACGCGGGCACAACACAGUGGAGACACCGUGUCAUCCUCUCUGAAUGCAACUGGGGGCGCUGGUGAAGCUGCUGUUGGCACUGUUACAGGCACUCCAGGCACGGGUGCGUUAGAGGACAGUGAAGGGGACGAAAGUAGUGCAGCCGAGAACGCGCGGGUGGCGGCUGCGUACCUGCACUGCCUCCUACUGCUUCACGCGAGAGCACCACCACCACCACCACCAGCAGCGUCACUGGAAGCAUCGGCGUCAGCCAGCUUUCUGCCGGACUCGAAUGCAAUCGAAGCAUGCAUGCACAGCUGGAGCACACGUCUUCUUGAUCGCCUACAAGACACGCUGACCACCCCGCAUCCGCUGCUCGUGCGAGCGAUUGCACUGUGCGGGCUGAUUGGACCCAUUCACGCCACCACCGCCGCCACCACCACCACUGCCACUACUAACGCCCCGACCAACGCCCUGGGCGUCUCAGGCAACCACGCACUGAGCAGUGCAGUGGAGAUGGUGGUUGGAACAGGCUUGCGGCUGAUGCUACACGCGACAGAUUCAGACGAUGACGACUACGACGAGGUGCUGGAGAGUGCACUGCUCUUGCUCUCUGAUGCCGCCACCGACGUCACGCAGGACCGCGCCCAACUGGAGCAGGCGUACAACGCGCUGACAUGCCUGAGGGCAAAGGGCCGACCGUUUCAAGACCCCAAUGCGUGCACAUAUCCCCGCAUUCGUGCUGCGCUGGAACGCCUGCGCCCUGCUGCUUGUUACGUGAUUGCGGACCGGCAGCCGUUGCUGCUUGGCAUGGAAGACCAGUUUCCCCUGUACGUGUACAAGAGCGUACACUGGCCGGGCGACAACAGCCCAGAAAAGGUUAAGUCGCUGACGGCGUGUAUUGACAUGGAGGCCACAGCGCGGUUUGUGAACGAUCGUUAUGAUAUUGAACUUCGUGCAGUGAAGGAACGCCAAGACGCAGCGCGCCGAAACCAAAGGCUCUCAUCAAGCGCAGACUCUGCCCCACCAACACGGACGGCGAGCGGGGAAGCGCUGCGGCUGGAAGGCAUAGGCGGCCCCCAGCGGUUCAAGUUCCGCGACACAACACACCUGAGGCCAUCGUCAUCGUCGCCAUCGCCAUCGCCAUCAUCGUCUUCAGUGACCAAGCCAGGUGCACCACCACCGUCUUCACGAUCCACCCGCCGCCCGCCAUCGGCAGCAGCAGCAGCAGCAUCAGCAGCAGCAGCAGCAGCAGCAGUAGCAGCAACACGUCGCCCGGGUCGCGGGGAGGCGUCGACCAGAGCGAGCUCGCGUGCGCCGUCCAUGCAUGUGGACGACUACCGCAGACUGCAGCUUGGCGAGCUUGAUCGGGCGAAUGCGCAAGGCCGAAGCAGUGCUGGGCUGGGCGCGCAAGGAGAAGGAGGACGGGGACGAGGGCGGGGACGCGGGCGUGCUCAUGGGCGCGGUGCUCGCAGUGGUUCCAUGGUGCGCGAGGGCCAGUCGCACUCGUAUCCAUCGCCAGCCGCUCGCGGCCAUGAGGCCCCUCGCCAUGAACAUGACCACCGCUACCAGUACCACCACGGACAGCACAGCCAGCAGCAUACCACACACGGCAAUCUCAGCAGCAGCAGCAGCAGCAGCAGCAGUUUCAGCCACAGCAGGGGCAGCAGCAGGAUCAGCAGCAGCAACAGGAGCGACAGAGGCAGUGCUCGCUCUCACGGCCCCGACGACGCAGCUGCCCGUUCACCGACGCGGCGCUCCUCGUCCGACAGCCACUACCACCACAACCUUCGCCAGCGCAACCAUGACAGUGACCAACACUACCACUACUACCAGCACCAUCAGCAUCGUGAGCGCAGCAGCAGCAGAAGCAGCAGCAGGGACGGGUACUCACCCACGCGGCGGCCACGGUCACUGUCGCGACCACGAGAGCAAGGCCGUGGCCACCACUCGUAUGCACCGCGUUCAACGACGCCGCGGUAG